AUGAGCUUCUUCAGCUCGCUACAGCAGUACGUGACGAGCGGCGUGGCCGGACUGGGGCUGAACCCGCGGCGGUUCUCGCUGUCGCGCCAGGAAUCGGCCGACGGCUCGUCCGGGCUUUCGGGGGGCCACUCGUCCUCGUCGUCCUCGGUCACCACCCCGUACGGCAUGGCGGGCAGCAUGGGCCACAGCCCCGGGCUGAGCCCGGGAGGCCCCGGCAGCAGCAGCGGUAGCGGUGGCCCCGGGAUGGGCUCCGCCCACGGAACAGUCAAUUCGGCGGUCGGCUGUGCAAGUCCGGGCCCGGCAGGACCGGGCACGGGUAUCGGCGGCAUGGCAGCAUCAACAGCCGGAGCUGGAGCAGCAGCAGGGCACGCGUACGGCAAGGCAACGACACCGGCGACACUGGCCGCCCCGGGAACGCCACCGAUCCGGCGCCAGUCUUCCGGCCGAGGGCUGGACACGCUCGUGCCGCAUCCGCGCCAGGGCUCGUUCCGCGGGCGCAGCUCGCCCAUCAACCCGAACCCGCCGGACAAGCCAUCAUUUUCCGUGUGGAAGCGGCGCCCGUCGUGGCCCGAGGUCGAAAUCAAAUCCUCGUCCGGUGUGCAGGAGAACGAUGGUUCCUACUUCGAAAGCUUCACUGCCCUGUCGUGGAAGAACGAGAACCGGCGGAUGUCGGCGGUGCGCGCCGUCGAGACGCGGGCCGAGGUCCUGCCGGAGAACGACAACGAGCGGCUGCCGGAGGACGACAUCGAGCGGUCGGAGCAGAAGGAGCACCUUUACCUGGACGUGCUGUACGCGAUUGCCAACACCGUCGGGGCGCCAGCCCCCGGGGGACAGUUUGCACACUACAAGGAAGAGAUGUACCUUCAGGCGCAGCGUGUGUUCAGUGUGUCCGCCGACCGCCACUACCGGUUGCUGCACGCGGCCACCGAGGAGAAGCCCAAGAUCAUCGUGCUCACCGUCAUCGUGCAGGAAGCGGAAGGGCUCGAAGCAAAGGACGCUAACGGUUUCAGUGACCCGUACUGCAUGCUCGGAAUACAGCCCUCCGGAACACCACCACCUCCCUCGCCGCAGCCGCCGCUGACUCCGCGGACCCUGUCGGAUACCGGCAUGGACAGUCUGGACUCGCCGGAGCACGGCAAGCUGCGGAAGCAUCACAGCUUUCGGCUGAGCUUCAAGCGCAAGGACGGGCGCCAGCAGCGAGACUCGGUCGGGCCCGUGCCGGCCAAGUUCAUCCGGGCCACCUCGGUCAAACCGCACACCCUGUGCCCGAAGUGGAACGAGAAGUUUAAAUUCGACAUCGACGACAUUCACUCGGAUCAGCUGCACCUGGACAUUUGGGACCACGACGACGAAAGCAGCGUGCUAGACGCUGUUUCGCGACUGAACGAGGUGCGGGGCGUUCGGGGACUAGGUAGAUUUUUCAAACAAGUAUGCCAAUCGGCCCGCCAAGGCUCGCAGGACGACUUCCUGGGUUGCAUCAAUGUUCCAGUCUGUGAUAUUCCUUCAACUGGCCUGGAGGGUUGGUUCAAGCUGGAGGCCCGUAGCUCGCGCAGCUCCGUGCAGGGUCGGAUACGGCUCAAGAUGUGGCUGUCGACGCGAGAGGACCGGGGCACGUCCGAGGAGGACAACACGCUCGAGGUGAAGAAGUUCGAGCGGCUGCAGACAAUCUUCAUGAUCCACGAGCUGAGCGCCCACGAGCCGGCGUGGAAGUGGAACGGCGAGCUGGCCGGGCCAUCGCUCACCAUCCUGCACCAGAUGGCGGUGCAAAGUGACCUAUCGGAUCUGCAGAUUUCCCUCGCCAAGUUGGUAGCUAUCGUUAGAAUCAAUCGGAAGAAGCCGCUCGACACCAAGUUCAUCCACCGGCAGCUGAUCGAGGUGGACAAGCUGUGGAUCAACAACUACAACAACGAGCCGCUGACGCGCGAACUGGAGCAAUGGUUGGCCGACUCCCUGAACGGGUUCGUCGAGCGUUCGCUCUGCCAGAUGCGACGCCUGCGCGAGAUCUUCCCGGCGCUGCAUCCACCGUCGCUGGUGCGCCUCGAGUACAUGCUGCGGUGCCUGGGGCUGCUCGGGUCGAUGCGAGCCUUCCGCCAGGUCAGUCCGUUCAGCAAAGGCGUCCGCGGGGAGAUUGUCGGGGCGCUGCGCAAGGGAUCGACCACCUGGUCGCAGGCGCAGCUCCGCGAAUCGCAACGCUCGCCGAACCCGCUGGUCCAGUACACCACCAUCCUGAUCGCGGACCUGCAGCUCGGCAUCAGCUACUACCACGGCCUUUUCGACUCGACCAACGGCAUCCAGUACUUUAGCAUCGUCUACAAACAGUUCGAUUCGCUGCUCUCCGAGGAAGUGACCAACCGGAUCGAGUGUGGCCAGCUGCCCGGUACGAUCGUGAACCACUGGACGAUCCUGGACCACGAUCGCGAGCCCGACACGGCACCGUUCGAGAUCUACUUCGCACUGCAGGAGUUCCACAACCUGAAGUCACACCUCUCGGUGACACCGCAGCCACCGGAGAAGCCGCUCGGGUUGCAGAACUUUCACGAGUGGUUCGAGCCGGCCGUCCAGCGCUGGAUAUCGGUCAGCAAAACGAAAGCCAUCCAGCGCAUUAAGGCGGCCGUCAACGUGGACCAGGUGUGCGAGGGCGAACGGAUCGUACGGCACAGUACGUCGUCCAUCGACACCGCGUCCUGUUUCUACCAGAUCCGGGAGUUCUGGAAAAACCUCGCCUGGCCGGAUCACGGCUCGGUGGCGCACUACGAAACGCUUAUCAUCGAUCUUGUCUGCACCACCGCCAACGUGUACUCGGACCUAAUUCACCAAGGACUAGCCGAGAGCGGGUCCGGUUACUACGACAAGCAGAACGCGCAGCAGCAGCUGCGCUCCACCGACGAGCUGUGCGUGAUCGUGAACAAUCUCGAGUACGUGCGCCGCGCCCUGGCCGAGUUCCACCCGGAAACGCACCAGCUACCGGAGAACGCCGAAACCUUGCUGGACAACACGAUCGCCCAGCUGGAGGCGAAAGCGGACCGUGUCCUCACGAAGCUCACAGCGUCGAUGCAGGGUCCGCUGCAGAAGUCCGUGUUCCACCUGGCCUGGUCACCGGACUCGCUGCCCGCCAACCAGGCCGUGAUGCCGUUGCUCGAGUACCUAGACUCCCACCUGGCCACGCUGAACGUGACGCUGUUGUCGCAAAACUUUUACCGCGCCAUGACGCUCAUCUGGAACAGCGUCCUGACGGAGUUCGCCAAGCAGAUGGAGUCCGGUGGCGAGGGCGAAAAGCCGACCAACUUCCACGACCGCAUGUACGGCGCUCUGCAGCUGCUCGGGGAGUUCUUCAACGCCGAGGGACUCGGCCUGCCACCGGAAAUACUGCACAGCGACACGUUCUGGCGCGUCGAGCAGCGGCUUCAGUACCAUAAAACCGACACCGACCACCUGAUCGACCUGUUCUACAUGCAACGGCUGCAGGAACAGCUAAACACGGGCGGCCCGACGCCCCUGGGGACGCUCUCGGUGAAGGCGUACUUCAACCACGACUCGCUCUGCGUAGAGAUCCUGCACGCCAAGGACGUGAUCCCGCUCGACCCGAACGGGUUCAGCGACCCGUUCGUCAUCGUCGAGCUGAUGCCGCGGCGGCUCUUCUCGCACUGCUCCGAGCAGCAGACCAACGUGCACAAGAAAACACUCAACCCGGUGUUCGACGAGUGCUUCGAGUUUUCCGUCACGCAGGAACAGUGCCUGGUGGAGACGGCCAUGAUUGUGUUUACCGUAAUGGAUCACGACGUGCUCACGGCGAACGAUUUCGCGGGCGAAGCGUUCCUGUCGCUCACCAACAUCCCCGGUGUGGCCACGCACUUCAACAUGAACGACAACUUCAACGGGCUGGCGCAACUCGAGCUGCCGCUGCUCGAGAUGAAGGACAAAAACCACCCGAUACUGCAGAUCCUGGAGGGACGUGUCAACGACAAGAACUCGAUGGACUUUCUGCGCAAACAGAAGGCGCGUGUCGUAGGUUAA